AUGGUUCGACAGGCGUGGUGGUCUCUCGUUUGGGGGCUUGCCCUCGCUUCAUUCUGCCAAUGUGAAGACAAUACUAUCUUUCGCGAUGUUGCUAUUAUAGGCGGCGGGGCCGCAGGAACCUUCGCCGCAGUGAAACUCCACGACGCAGGCAAAUCGACCAUCUUGAUUGAGAAAGAAGCCAUUCUAGGUGGUCAAACCAAUACUUACCAGGAUCCGCUCACCAACCAGACGGUCGACUACGGUGUCCAGGUAUUCCACAACCAACAGUUCGUCAAGGAUUACUUCGACCGACUUGACGUACCCUGGAAAAUCACGGACAAUGCUUUCGUCGCUCCUAGUCAUGCAUACUACUUGGAUUCACAGACUGCUAAGCCUUUCAACUACACCAGGCCGAAUCCCAAAUCUGGUCUGGAGGCAUAUGUGGAGCAACUUGCAAAAUACCCAGAUAUAGAGCAGGGCUUCUUUCUUCCAGACCCUGUUCCUGAAGACUUACUACUGCCGUUCGGCAAUUUCAUCAAAAAGUACCCCGAGAUUGCCAAUGCCACACUUGCAAUUACCAACUUCGGUCAGGGUCUCGGCGACAAUCUGGAGCAGACCACUUUGUAUGUGUUCAAGAACUUCGGGACAGACGUCGUCCGUGAUAUUUCUAUUGGCUUCUUGAUCUCAGCAAAUAUGGACAAUCACGAGAUCUAUGAUCAUGCAACACAGCUGCUUCAGCCAGAUGUCUUGCUUAGUAGUGUCGUGGUCAGCACAACACAAAGGAAUCAUGAAGGAGUGGAACUGAUCGUCAAAACACCAACCGGGUACCAAAAAGUGAAAGCAAAGAAGCUUCUGAUUGCCAUCCCACAGAAACUUGACAACAUGUAUCCCUUUGACCUGGAUAGACGAGAAUCCAACAUCUUCGGCAAAUUCAUGAACACAGGCUACUAUACCAGCUUGGUGAACAACACCGGGCUGCCAGCGAAUUUCUAUUCCUAUUCCAUUAGCGCUGACACACCAUACAACGUCCCCAAGUUACCGGGUGUUUACGGUGUCACGCCUACGGCAAUUGACGGUGUUUUUGAUAUCAAAUAUGGCAGUCCGUCCGCUAUACCUGACGAGGAUGUUCAAUACGAGAUUCUUUCUUACGUUAGGGCACUCCAGGCCAAUGGGCUGGCAGAAAAAGUACCCGGUAGCCCAGGGUUCGUGGCGUAUAAUAGCCAUGCUCCGUUUGAGUUGACUGUGUCUCCAGAUGAGAUCAGAGAUGGAUUUUACAACGAUUUGUAUGCUUUGCAGGGUUAUCGCAAUACUUGGUAUACCGGGGCUGCUUUCCACACUCAGGACUCGUCUUGGCUGUGGAAUUUCACUUCGAACUAUGUUUUACCUGGGCUGCUGGAAUAG